CCCCAGCCGGCAGGAUUCCGGCUCCCCGGCUGCUUGCGCAAGGCGCUACAACCCCGCCGACCCGGCUUCCGCAUCCCCCCGUCCCCGGCAUCAGCUUCAGCCUCCGCCCGGCGCCCCGCGCCUGCCGGUGCCGCGGCCCGCCAAACCCGCGGGCAGCCGAGCCACCGCGACGCCCGCAGAGCUUCGGGUGCCCGGGAGGGGGCCAUGCCGUGCCGGAGGGAGGAGGAAGAGGAAGCCGGCGAGGAAGCGGAGGGGGAGGAGGAGGACGACGACAGCUUCCUCCUGCUGGAGCAGUCGGUGACUCUGGGCGGCUCGGGCGAGGUGGACCGACUGGUGGCCCAGAUCGGCCAGACGCUGCAGCUGGACGCGACUCAAGACAGUCCGGCCUCCCCGUGCGUGUCCUCAGGGCCGCCGUUACAGCCCCCGGCGGCGCUGCCGGCGGAUAAGGCCCGGUCCCCGGCCGUUCCUCUGCUGCUGCGGCCCGCGUCGGCCGAAGCUGGGGGGCCCGCGCCCCCGGGAGCCCUACGCUGUGCCCUCGGGGACCGCGGUCGCUUGCGGGGUCGCGCUGCGCCCUAUUGCGUGGCGGAGCUCGCCUCAGGCCCCAGCGCACUACCCGGGCCGUGCAGGCGAGGAUGGCUCCGUGGCGCCGGCGCCUCCCGGCGCAUUCAACAGCGACGGUGGACCCAGGCCGGAGCACGCGCGGGCGAUGACGACCCCCACCGCCUCCUGCAACAGCUCGUGCUGUCGGGAAACCUCAUUAAAGAAGCAGUGAGGAGGCUCCAGCGAGCCGUCGCCGCGGUUGCGGCCACCAGCCCCACGGGUGCCUCUGGGCCCGGUGGCGGACGCAGCGGACCGGACCCUGUCGCCCUGCAGACCUCGAGCGCCUUGCUCUGACCCUGGCCCCCUGGAGAAGGAAGAGGACGCCGCUGCGUACUACUCUGCGUCCUGCUCCCAUCAACCCUGAUCUGAAGCCUCGGCCUCUACUCCUGGGAGCGACAGCUUAGGCUGCACUCAGGCGCUUGGAAAGAUCUUAAACCCAGAAGUGGAACCAGCCCGGGCAGUACUGUCCGAGAACUUAAAGUAUGGUGAAAUGCACGGACCAAGGCACGUCCGUGUCGCGUGAGAAUUUCCCCGGUCACCCUGGGCCAAGGACCUGGGAUAAACUGGGGGACCUAUGGCAGCUACUUGCAUCCACUUGUACCUGACCUAGCCCUUGUGGGCAUCGUGUGCUUGGAUUGUUUUAAAGAUAGGGCUGGAAAGGGGCGGGAAUCGCGAGAGCUUUCUAACAAUACUUGAAAACUAGUGAUACGGAUACAUUUUCUCGUUAUUUUCCGGUGGAGGAGCUUACUGAAAAUGGUGCUAUAAUUGCUGUGCAGAGAAAUUCUGGGUUGAAGAAUAUAAAAUCUUGGCAUUGGGUGGGUUGGCAUCGCCUCCUUUCUUAAGCCACUUAAUCCGUGGCUGGAGGAGGUGGGAGACUCCACUUAUGGAAUGGGAGGGAGGGGCAUAAUUUCGAAGUUGGGAGAGUUAAAUUUGAUUGUGGACUUUUAAAUGACUUGACCUUGCCACCCGUGGUUGAAGGUCACGUUUAUGCUCUAAGUGAGAGGCAGUGGGGUUCCUACAAGAGCUAACUCACCCUUGGUGUCUUUUUCUCUCCAAGAAGAGCUCUGUCUUGUGCUUUGCCACCGCUUGGAGUCUCCCGAGGACACACAGGCAGGGAGGGACGUGUGAGAAGAGUUAGUUGCUUUUUCUGUGCUUUCCUCUUUCCAGAACUCCUCCUCUUGCAAGGCUACUCUUGGCCAUGUCAUUAGCUUUCUCAGAAACUGUCAUAAACAAUCUCAUGUCCUCCCAGCCGACCUUUCUUACUCUGCCCUUUCUGUGGGGUUGGAUGAAGGCCCUGGACGCCUUUCUGCUCUGUUCUGGCCCUCUGGAGUGGUGGGCCUGAGCCUCUGUGGUUCCUCAUGCACAGUUAUUUUCCUCCUGCCUGCCAGCUCUUCUUUGUGAGUGACUGAAACUUUUAAAAAUGUGACUCUCCUCUAGGAGAAACUGCUGGCUUUACCCUUGUGAAACUUGAUGGCGCUUUAGUAAGGUGCCACCCCCAAACUUUAAGGUAGCUAAACCAGUUUUUUAAAGAUUCAAUGGCUUGUUCAUCCUCCAGAUGUAGCUAUUGACUGUACACUUCGCAACGGAGUGUCUGAACUUGUGGUGGUCCUGAUUUAUAGGAUUUCUUAAUUAAAAUGUCUGCUGAAUAAAUUUGAUUUUUGUUUUGGA